GCGCUGAUGGUGGUGUUGCUACUGGUGGCGAUCGGUGAGUCGGCCGAGACGACGGCCAGCGGCCGCCGUUUCCGGUUGUGUGUAGCGGUGGACCAUUUCGCGGUCUGCCGCCGAUUGACCGGCGGAAGCGGCCUGCCGCUUGAUUGCGUCGCCGGCAACGAUCGGCUCGACUGCCUGCGGAAGGUGCAGGCCCGCGAUGCCGACUUCCUGGCAGUCGACCCCGAAGACGUGUACGUGGCGCUGCAGAUGGACAACACAGACUUUGGCGUGUUCGCGGAGGUGCGCACGCUCGAGGAGCCGGCCGCCGAGUUUCGGUACGAGGGGAUCGUGCUGGUGCGCCGGGCCGACGGGUUCACCAGCAUGGCCGACCUGCGGGGCAAGAAGUCCUGCCACACCGGGUAUGGGCGGAACGUGGGCUAUAAGAUCCCGAUCACCAAGCUACGCCGGCUGGGCGUGUUCAAGCUACCGGCGACCGAUGAGCGCCACCACCACCAGUCCCCGGUGGAGCACGAGCUGGCGGGCCUGUCGGAGCUGUUCCGAUCGUCCUGCCUCACCGGCCACUACUCACCCGACGCCGACAUCGAUCGGGUGCUGAAGAAGCGGUACGCGAACCUGUGCGCCCUUUGUGCCAAUCCGGACGAGUGCGCCGCCACCGAUCGCUACGCCGGCUACGAGGGCGCGAUUCGCUGCCUGGUGGAGAACGGCGGGGACGUCGCGUUCACGAAGACAAACUUUGUGCGCCGCUACUUCGGCCUUCCGCUCAGCCCUGGCGGGCUGGCGAAACCGGCCGUCAAUCCGGCCGCCCGACCCAACGACUACGUGUACCUGUGCACGAACGGAACCACCCGGCCGGUGACGGACCAGCGGAACGUGUGCUCGUGGGCCCAGCGACCCUGGCCGGCCCUCAUGGGCAACGGUGAUCUGACCGGGGAGGGCCGUAUGGCCGAGCUGCAGGCGGUGCUGCAGGCCUUCUACCGGCACUACACGCGCGAUUUGGCCGUCACCGAGGUGUCGCCCGCCGACCGGGAGGCCGCCCAUCUGCUCGGCCUCGACCGGCGGCACCUGAUCGUGGACCAGCGGCACCUGGUGCCGCCGGCCGAGUACCUGACGCGCGCCUACUACACCGACGUGAUCGAGCGCGAAACACCGUACGACUUCCGGAUCCGGCUGUGCGUGGUGUCGGAACCGGAGCGCCAGAAGUGCGUGCAGAUGCAGCGCGCGGCCUUCGCCCGGGACGUGCGCCCCGCGUUUCAGUGCGUCCUGAAGACGGCCGAAGCGUGCGCCAAGGCCGUAGCAACCGGCGACGUAGACGCGGUCGUGCUGAAGGAACCGCCGGCACCGGCCGCCCAGCUGAAGCCCGUCGUCUGGGAGGUGUUCGAUGACGUCAUGUGGGCCAUCGCUGAUAAGGGCCUCUCGUCCGACCAACUUCGCCUCGGACCGGUAGCGUACGAUCCUGCCGACAAGCGGGCCGUGGCGGCGGCUGAGGCGCUCCGUGCAAAGCGACCCUCACUGCGGCUCGUCCCGGAAUCGGCGAACGGAACGGCCACCGCACCGAUACGGAUCGUCAGUUCGCGAACUCUCGCACGCCACGAUGCCGAGCGCCAUUCGCUGCUGUGUCGUGACCAUCGGCUUGAACCGCUCAGCGCUACCGGCUGCCACCUGGACGAUGACGACGGUGGCGGCGGUGACCGGCGGGAGCGGCCGGCGGCCCGGGUCUACAUUCGGCGGGGUGCGAACGAAACGACGCAGGACAGCAUCGUGCACGCGUUCACGGCGCUCUCGGAUGCGUUCGGACGCGGCAAGCGGCACGAGCGGGUGUUCCAGCUGUUCGGUCCCUUCCGGUUGCUGACUCCCCCCGACCGGCAGGUGUCGGACCUGAUCUUUCACGACUACGCCACCGCCCUGGCCGCCCCGUCCGACCCGGAUGCCUAGACGUCGCCGCAAACACGCUGAUUUGUUGACCCACGGAGCAUUUGGAGAACCGUGAACAGCCGCGAACACCCUCACUCUAAUAGAGUCCUCACGCCACCACGAUCAAUCGAUCACCGCUGCGCAUUUUAGUGGAAGAGUCCACAGAGUCCACAGAGUACACAUUCAGCAGACCGGAACAGAUUUGUAUUUGCAUCUCCAUCAUCAAUAAACCGACCGGCGAGUUAUUAGCACAAUCCCGCUGCAGCAGCCUGGUGGAUGUGUGGAAUACAUGGGCUGAAAAGUCCACGAGCCCCUAAGUAAGGGAACGCGUCAAUCUUCGCGGCACGAUCUUGUUUUCUGGUCAACAACGAGCAAAUGCGGCAGCCACUUUGGACAGAGUUGUCUCAUAGUCAAUGCAAAUGUCCAAUGCAGUCUUUGCCAUAACUCAACACGAUUUUGUGGAUUUUUGGGUGAACGUUUUCUGGUGUUACCGACUCGUUUGGACGUGGUCCACUGCAUUCAGCAUCAUCCGUGUCUCCACGACCGUUUGAAAUCAGCAAAUAAACGUUUUAUUCUUGGUUCUGAUGGAACCUGGG